AGAGUGCUGAGGGUAAAGAAUGUGACCGCUUGGUUCCUCUGCCCUACUCUGGACCCAAACAUAGUGUGGUUACUCAUGAGCGAGACGGGAGGACACUGUGAGAGAUAAGCCUAUAGAACUAGCAAUCUAGCAUAGCAUAUAGCGCUCACAUAGUCUGCCUAUGUCCACACCCUCCAUUGUAUUCUAUGUACAUCUUUAUUUUAUAUUGACAGUGCUUUAAAAUGAUUUGCAAGACAAAUUCUCUGGAAGGCAAUGCAAUGUUCUAUUCUAUUCUAAGGUAUAGCCUACCCUGAAAUUGUCCAAGUGUCCAUGUUACUCAUAUCCUUUAUGAUUGUUGGAAACUGGCAGCGAGUGCGUUAACAACACUUUGUCAUGACUCCACCUUUUAUGUAAAUGUCAGUGUGUGAGUGGAGCUCGAGGCGCUGAGAGCGCACAGUGAAUGGAGGAGCAGCCUUCACUACCGCUCUGCUUGGUGCUUAGUGGACCUGGAGUGGACCUGGAGUGCACUGUGUUUAUAUUCCAACUGGGAGAAAGAACGGCCGUUCUGGAUGUAGCCUCCAAUCAUGUUGUCGGCGUUGGAUUGUGCAUCAAUACCGCAAGUGUUUGAAUAUUGAGAGCUGGGAUAUAAGGCCUGCCGACUGGAAUUGUAGUCAUGGGAGGCCAGAUAACGCGAAAUGCCUUGUACGACUCUCUGGGUGGUCCGUUCCCCUCCACCACCCACCGAUGCCACCACAAGCCCAAGCGCUGCCUGCCCAUCCAGCAGUGUGGCGUUGUGGGCGGGGACCAGAGGAGAGGCCUGGCCAUAAGUCCCUUGCUCUUCCACCCGAACACCAAGGGCUCCCAGAUCGCCAUGGACCUGGCCCAGAGGACCGUCAAGAGGCAGGCCAGUUUCUGUAACGCCAUCACCUUCAGCAACAGACCCGUAGCGUUGUACGAGCAGGUCCGGAUCAAGAUCACUAAGAAGCAGUGUUGUUGGAGCGGAGCUCUCCGUCUGGGCUUCACGGCUAAAGACCCAUCCCGUAUCAACCCAGACAGCCUGCCCAAGUAUGCCUGUCCUGACCUGGUCUCCCAGAGUGGCUUCUGGGCCAAGGCUUUACCUGAGGAGUUCGCCAACGAAGGGAACGUCAUCGCCUUCUGGGUGGACAAGAAGGGCCGGGUCUUCUAUAGAAUCAAUGAGUCCAACCCGAUGUUGUUCUUCAGUGGGGUGAGAACAGGAGAACCGCUGUGGGGACUGAUAGAUGUCUAUGGGUUGACCCGUGGAGUGCAACUGCUAGAGAGUGAGAUCGUGCCUCCCGACUUCCUCCGUCCACGCUCCUUCACCACCGUACGCUCCUCUUCUCUCCGCCGCGAGGCAGAUGAAUCCCGCCUCUCUGUCAGCCUCUGUGACCUCAACCUGCAGCAAGUGGACGGCUCUGGCCCAGCUCACGCCCACCUCCACCUGGCCCCUCCCUCUUCCUCCUGCCCCAUCCCCCAGAACUCCCUCAACACCCAGCAGUCCUCUGUCCUCCCGCACUCCCUCGAAAGCGACCUCCAUUUCCACGCCCUCCGCGGUGCCCACAUCAAGACGCUCGACGAGCAGACGGUGGCGAGAUCCGAGCACGCCAGAGAGGAGCGAACGCUCGUCUUCACUGACCGGCCACUGCGUACCGGCGAGACCGUGUUUAUCAAGGUGACCAAGUCGAGCCCAGCUAGGUCGGGAUCGCUGUCCUACGGCGUGACAUCAUGCGACCCCGCUGUGCUGCGCCCUAGCGACCUGCCCUACAACCCGGAGGCGUUAGUCGACCGCAAGGAAUUCUGGGCCGUGUGCCGAGUGCCCACGCUGCUCCAGAGCAGUGAUAUACUGGGCUUCCUGGUCAACCAGGAAGGGGAGGUGAUCUUGAGCCACAAUGGCACCAACGUGGGGAUGCAAGUGUGUGUGGACAACUCCCGGCCCCUGUGGAUGUUCUUCGGUCUGCACGGAGCCGUCACUCAACUCAGGAUACUGGGUUCCACACAUCUCGGGGACCAGCCGGUGCGGGCUCCCUCCAACCCCAGCUCUCCCUCCUCCUCCCCCCAUACCCCCAGCGCCCUGGCCCUGGCCCUGGGUAGUGGAAGCUCUGACCCUGUCCUUAACGGAGGCCUGGGAGGCCCCUGCUCCGGUGCCUACUGUGGUGGCUCUGCAGGAGGAACGACCCCCAGCUCGCCCGUCAGCCUCCCCAAGUCGCCCACCUUCCCAUCAGGAAGCGGGAGAGGGCCCGGGUGGCCGACUGGCGAUGAGUGUUCCAUCUGCUAUGAGAACCACGUGGACACGGUCAUCUACGCAUGCGGUCACAUGUGUCUCUGCUACACCUGCGGCGUCAAACUCAAGAAGAUGUCCAACGCCUGCUGCCCCAUCUGCAGGAGACAAAUCAAAGACAUCAUUAAGACCUACCGUAGCACGUAGGGGGCCUUUGAAGCUAAGGACCUCAAAACUUAGGGCCACAAGCAUAAGUUAAUGGGGAGAGGAGGAAGACGUUGAGGAAAGACUUUGAUAAACUUUUAAGAUCAGGGAAAUGGACAAUGGACAGUUCACUCUGGUACUUUUAUGUGAUGGAUUUUGAGGAAGAAUCUUGGUUUUUGUUUCAAAUACCCAAUUUUUUUUGGCUGGUACAGUUAGGAGACCUGCACUGCAAAGGUCUCUUGCAUUUCCACUUUCCCUCUCUGACACAGUGUGUGAUGGCUUUUGAAGUGGCGGGGGGUUUGCAACCGCGGCGAGAACUUCCUCUCUCAACUAGAAGUUUUCAUUCUUCUUGCUCUCUCCAAGGAUUCAGGAAGUUUCAGACUUUGAGGAAAGAGAAGACGUGAAACAACUUUUUAUUUUGUUGUUGAAGCCACUUCCAGAUGACUGCCGCGAGUUUGCUCAUGUGCAUGGAAGCAAACGAGGUAGUUUCAAUUCAACGUUUUUGGUCUUGAGAUGAUCUAUUCAUGUUGAAGAGCAGAAGGACUGUUAAGUUCCAACAUUUGCUUCUUAACUUGACUCAACUUUGUCUGUAAAAAAAAACAACAGGCAACAUAGAUAGUUCUUUAUUAACAUAACGUCUCAGUAUGGCACAACUUCUGUCUGUGUGUUACUUAGGCAAACUGCAGAUUAAAGAGUGGAUUUAUUUGUUGCUGAGUGUCGUGACCGGAAAGGGAUGCAUUUCUGUAGUCGUCAUAGGAUUCAUCAAUAGGAAGAUGACUACAGUUGUAUAAAGUUGUGAAGUAUAGGGACGUAAGUAUAUGACGUAUCACCUCUUGCUCCUAUACAGUAAGUCAUAUAUUCUCAACCAAAUGUAUUUGUGUGGUAGUUCUAUAGCACAUUCAUUGGUGGUAGCUGUGCUGUUGCGCUAGCUAGCUAUCUGCUUGCUCUGCAGUGUUGUAUGUUGCACUGAAGUCAGUACUGCGCUCUCAGAAAUGCCCCAUCAAGAAAGGAGAAGAAACAGAUUAUUUUACACAAUAAAUUUAAACAACCAUCAAAACAAUGUCACUGGCAGCCUCAGCUCCCAAUCCAAUCCCAGAAUUUGUACCCACAUCAUGUGACUGGAAGCAGGAAGUGAAAGUACAUUUAUUGGGUGUUCCUCAGGUCCAGCUGUUAACGCCCCAAAAUGGUGACAGUUUACGCAAACACCAGCCCUAUGCACUGUGAUUGUUGCCAUGGUAAUAGCGUUCACCGUCGAUCCGACACAGCCCCCUGCCUUAAUUCAUGAACAGUUAAUUUGUUACAUGCGGAUGUGUGAUAAAUAAUGCUUUGUUUCUAUCCAUAUUUUUCACCAAGACCCCUUACUAAAUACCAAAUAUGAUGUUGUGUGUCCGAAGAAAAGCUUCCGAAACAGGACUUCAGAAACUCAGAGGAUAAAAAGCACAUGAAACAAAACUGAAUUGACCCCAACUUAUUUUUAUAACUCAAAAUACUUACUGGUCAGACAGUCAGUAAUAUGUACACAACCCUAACCCUAUCACGGUACUAUUCUAACAUCUGCAUUGUGCUUCAACUAGCAACAAAUACCCUUCACAGUUACACACAUUAAUGUAGGGUUAUGAGAGGUAGAUGGGAGUUCCUCAAUGUUGCAAGUUGAUAUACAGUCGGUUACAGGUGUUGUCACUUACCCCAUAUGACUUUUAUCACUUUGGGGAGAAUCCUAAUUUACACUUAAGUCAAAUUUUCACUCAGUCUCCCAUUGACAUCAAUGCAAGACUACCUGAAAAUGUGAUUUUGUAAAAGUAAGAAUUUUCCCCUUUAUGAUCAGUAUGUGUCAUAUAUCCCAUUGAAAUUCCCAUCACGCUUGUGUGUACUGGAGCUAUAUGCCAUAGCUUUCUGCCGAGAGCUGAAAAGGCAGUUUUUUUAACACGUUUAUCUUGCAUCUUGGUGUAAUUAAUAGAUAAUCGACAAAUGAAUCUGGAAUGUAAUGCUGCGACAGUAUUUGCCAGCUCUCUGUUUUUGGGGCAAAUACUGACAGAUGUUUCGUAUACAUCCUCUUUACACUCACGAACAGAACUUUGUGUUUUUAUGAUAUUAUACGCUACUGCUUGACGUGUUAAUUCACAUUUUGAAUGUUAAUUGAUGUUUUAAAAUGAGGCAAAUCGUUUUAUUGGUGUGGUUGGUAGUAUCCAGAGAGAAAAACAUAUUUUGUCAGCUUUUUUUUGUUAUUGAUUGAUAGUCAUGAUUGUAAUGUUUGUUUUCUGGUUGACUGAAACCAUGAAAUAAUCACCUAUUUCUACUUCUACGGUGUAUCCUAAAGCCAGGAAAGAUAUUAUCUUGUACCUUCCACCAAUACCUGGGACUCCCUGCAGUAUACAAUCAUAACACCUUGUUGCUUUGGGUACAAGAUAAGCACAGAUUAAUAAUUUUACAAACCCUGAAUAUUCAGACGCUGAAUUCUUUUGUAAUUUAUACGUUGUUGUUCAUGCCUCCUUUCGAGCCCAAACCAGGUUUGUUUUUAUAGCUCUUACCAAGUAUAUAGUUUAAAGGCCGUCAUUGUAUGGCAAUGUUAAAUGUCACUUUAUAAGAAUCCUGAUUGUACUUUUUAAAUGGUCUAGUCUAUAGGUAAUCUCUGGCAUAUUCUAUCACAGUACAAUUUGUGCUGAUACUAAGUGUCCGACGAAAUCCGAAAUCCAAUAAAAAAAUGAAUGUGUUAAACCACCUCGUAAUUUGCAAAGUCUGUGCUAAACACGCGUCAUUUCCCCUUGCUUGAAACAUUGUUUUUACUGUUUUUUUUACUGACCCUUAAAUCAAGGAAUUUAACCCACAACCUCUAAUGUAAACAAUAGUCAUUGGACAUACGGUCAUGUCAUAAAUGGCAUACCGUACAUUGACAACCUAUAAUAAUGUAAAAGUUAAAUAUCAUGCAAAAUCAACAAGGCACCUAAAUUGCUGCCUAUCGUAUUUAUUGAGUUACAUACAGGAUUAAUUGAAGUGGUCUGACUCAUGUCAGUACUCGGUGGCUUAAAGUUCAGCCCUCCACACAGACACUAUGACUAGGGCCCAGAAUUGUUCCUGACCUAGUGACCUGGAAAACUCAGGGCCCUAACUAUAACACCAACCAGUUGCGGUGUCAUACCAAUUUACCAAAAAAAUACAUUUUUGGUAUCGCUCCUGAUUGUUUGUCGACCCUGUAUUGUAUCUAUCUUCCAUUGAAGUGUUUUGAUCUCAGAUCCUACUGUACUUGGGUGUUUGCUUUUUCUUCUACUAUCCUCCAUUUUAGAAAACCCCUUCUUCAGAUAUCACUAGACAGGUUACACCUGGGAAAUACACUUUAUUUUCUAUCUUUUAGUUGUUUGAGUUGUUUGUUCACUCCGUCCUAGUUAGUGAACUUUGGGACCAAUAGAAGACAAGCUGAAAAAUAAAUGUAAAAAAUAAAUCUCCUAGGCUAUCAUUUAGAUAGAGUUCAGGGGUUGAUCAGAACGCUACACAUAGAAAUGUAACAUAGGCUAGGUCAAACACGAUUGCUCCUAUUUUCCAUGAUAUAGAAGAAUAUAUGUUCUAUGUUGUGACUCAUACAUUGUUUAAGAUACUUUGCAAAACCUGUCUUUAUUUGAGAACUAGUUUCCAAGUGAUCUGUUUGUGAGUCGGACGAUUGUGUCAAUAAACUUUCCAGACGUGUUUCAAA